AUGGGGCCAGCAAUGUAUGCCAUGGACUUUGCGGCCUGGCGGGUUGCCGUGGACUGCGAUUGGAGGGUGCUGGAUGUUGCUCCACAGGAGCUGUGCAUGGAGCGUGAGGUCAUGCUAUCUGCAGUCAUCCAGGCAGGCCGCGCUUUGAGCCACGCAAGCGAGGAGCUGCGUGGCGACAGAGCCAUAGCCCUUGCAGCUCUCCGUGGCGAUGCCACUGCUCUGGAGUUUGUCUCGACGCAGCUGGCACUGGACACCACCUUCAUCCUCGAGGGCUUGCUUUGGCUGCCUUUGGCGCUCGACUCGCCCAUGCUCUCCCGGCCUCAACCGCCAAGCCGCUAG